CCAUCCCCUGCAUAUCCAUACCAGUUCAAAGGAGGAGGCGUGGAUAGAACUGUUGUUACCUGUAUUAGAGUACCUGCAGCUACAUGGAAAGAAUUUAAGAUGUCGUCAAGGGAGAGGAACUGCAACCGAUGUGUCACGGCUUCAAUACAGACGAGAUUCUAUUGAAAAAGAGGACAUUGCACCGGGUGUAAAUGUACCUGGCGCUAGCAAGAACAAGUGAGAAUACAUAACUUGCCCUACUUUGAUACAAAGGACGAAAUAUAAGAACGCUUCACUCGAGAACUCAUCUUUCUCCUCGACCCCUCUCUCUCACUCUCAUAAGUGUUUCGUUUUUUAACACGCACGUUUUGGAUCAACAUCACUCUGCGACUCUCACCUGUGACGCGUUGACAAUGGAUUUCAGACGGCUAAAUAUUUCAAAGGUGUUUAGAUUUUACAUUUUGGAAAACAGAAGUUACAGGCCUAUCUGCAUCUGGAAAGGUUAGGUAUUGUAGUGUUGCCAAUGUGAACGUAAGCGUGACCAUUUCAUUCUAGUGAAUGGCCAGUCCCAGAAGCGGUUAUGAUCAUGCACAGACCCCUCCGAAGGUGGAGUUUUUACGUCUUCUUGUGUUUUGGCAUCAUCUACUUAAGGCUUGGGGCCCUGUCUUCCGUGGUGGCAUUGGGUGCCAACAUCAUCUGCAACAAGAUCCCUGGGCUGGCCCCUCGCCAGAGGGCCAUCUGCCAGAGCCGCCCGGAUGCCAUCAUCGUGGUGGGGGAGGGCGCCCAGCUGGGCAUCAAUGAGUGUCAGUACCAGUUCCGCUAUGGCCGCUGGAAUUGCUCCGCCCUGGGGGAGAGGACUGUCUUUGGACAGGAGCUGCGAGUAGGUAGCCGGGAAGCUGCGUUCACGUACGCCAUCACGGCCGCCGGCGUAGCCCAUGCCAUCACGGCGGCGUGUAGCCAGGGAAACCUGAGCCAGUGUGGCUGUGACCGGGAGAAGCAGGGUUACUAUAACCAGGAAGAGGGCUGGAAGUGGGGAGGCUGCUCGGCAGACAUCAAGUACGGCGUGGAGUUCUCCAGGAGGUUCGUGGACGCCCGCGAGAUCAAGAAGACCACGCGCCGGCUGAUGAACCUCCACAACAAUGAGGCAGGGAGAAAGGUCCUGGAGGAGCGGAUGAAGUUGGAGUGUAAGUGUCAUGGUGUGUCAGGCUCCUGCACCACCAAAACCUGCUGGACGACCCUGCCCAAGUUCCGAGAGAUCGGCUAUGUCCUGAAAGACAAGUACAACCAGGCGGUCCACGUGGAAGUGGUCCGGGCCAGCCGACUACGCCAGCCCACCUUCCUCAAGGUGAAGAAGACCCAGGGCUACCGCAAGCCCAUGGAGACCGACCUCGUCUACAUCGAGAGGUCGCCCAACUACUGCGAGGAGGACGCAGCCACGGGGAGCGUUGGCACCCAGGGGAGGCUGUGUAACCGCACCUCGCCCCACACAGACGGCUGCGACCUCAUGUGCUGUGGCCGGGGCUACAACACGCACCAGUACACCAAAGUGUGGCAGUGCAACUGUAAGUUCCAGUGGUGCUGCUUCGUCAAGUGCAACACAUGCAGCGAGAGGACGGAGGUGUUUACCUGCAAAUAAAGGGGCAUGACAUAAUGGACCUACAGUACGGUACUAUGAUUGGGAGGGGUGUGGCAGGACUACCUGGAUGACAAGGAAGACCCCAGAUAAAAGAUAAAAGGACAUGUCUUGGAACAGGAAUAGUGAGAGAUUUAAAAAUAAAAAGGAAUGGAAUGUUCAAUAUCAGCUCUUCAUGGCAUCGUUUUGCACAGCAGAAUCUAUAUGAGCUUUUUAAAAGAAAAGUGAGGGCUAAAUAUCAAUAGAUAAUAAUACUAAAAUCUUUGACUGACUGAGACAGAAUAAUGUGUGAUCAUGUACUGAUGUAAAAGUUAUGACUACAGGAAGCAAAUGGUGCCUGGAUGGGAACUGUGCAUUGCACUCUGGGAUUUGUAGUUAUUUUUUUCACAAAAUGGCUUCUUCAUGGAACAGAAAGACAGAGACAGACUCUGGAGAUGUGGUAGAAAAUGACAGUAACUGUUGAGGGAUGAGACUGGCAUGAGACUCUAAAAGUCUUUUAGUGAGAACUUUGAGUUUUACUUUCUUUUUCCACAGAGGGAGAGGGCAGAGGUGAAUAUUUGAGCCCCCAAACUGGAGGUGUUUUCUUUUUGGAGCUGUGUAGACAUGAAGAACGCUGUGUAAGUGUGGUGCCUUGGGGCGCAUUGAAAGUGGAGAAGUCUCUAUAGUAAGCCCUCUGCUGCCAACUGGAAUACGGUGGAGUAUGUUAGUUUUCCAGUCACACUGGAACUGUCUGUUUGAACACUGAAAAUAAAUUGUUUAUUUAUGUUAUAGUAUCUUAAAACAAAGCACUAACGGGUAGAAAUGUCUUUUUUUGUACUAAGUGUAAAAAUUACUUUUUAGAAAACUUUGACUGAAGAUAAUGCGUGUCUUUUAGAAUAUGGCCCUAUCCCACUAUCCCACUAUCAAUCCCCCUUUUUCUAAAAUGGUUUCAUUGCUACUGGUGUGUUGACUACAUAAAACAUCAACAAUACAGGGUAUUUCACAUCACAAUCAAUCACAUUGGUUCUAUUUUGCUGUAGCAUAGCUUUUGUUUGCAGUCAUUUAUGCAGCAGACGUUAGGCCUACAUCCUGUCUGGGUUAUUUAGCAUAGACAGUAGCAAGAGAACUCAUCUCUUAACCGCAAAGAUCCUUCCUCAAUUAUUUAAACAUGAUAUUGCUGGAUGUAUUGUAGAGUGGUGCACUGAUAUUAUUUUCUAUUCAGAAACAACCAAAAUGAAAAAGAAAUAAUCUCCCAUUUGACUGCUUUUUGAAAUUUAUUGCAAAGAAAAACAAGACUGAGAAUCAAAGAAAAACAAGACUGAUAGUCAGUGAGUGAAGUCUGCUGGUCGUGAGAGGAAAUGUUAGGUUUUAGCCAACAGUUUCGGUAAUUCACUGCUUCCAAAGCUGUGUUGGCAUUCUCAUCUGUAUUCAUUGGUUGUGGUUAAACUAUACCAAGUGUCAGGCUAUGUAGAGUUCCAUUGACGUAAACCAUCAGUAUACAUCACUGAUCAAAAGCAGUCAUUAUUUUCAGCAUCUUUUCAUCAUGCUUAAAGCUAGAAUAUUUAGUUGCAACAUCCAUUUUUGGACUUAUAAACUAAUGGUAUAUACCCAUUGAUUUUUGAAGAAUAUAACUUGUAAAUGCCUCAUGAGCUUAGUUCAACUGUCUCAUCCUAUCAGAAUCCCAAAUAUAAGCCUGUUUUACUCCAAUGUCUGUAAACAACGUAAACAAACACUGUAUAGCCUUAAAACAUGAUUGAAACUAUAAUUGGUCAGAUGGUCAGUCAUUGCAUCCAUAGCUCUGUCUAUGAAUUUGAGAGUGGUUACAUUUCUCCAGGCCCAUCCCUCAACUUUUUCACUAAAAGGAGGCGGGUGACCACUUUGGUAUAGUUUCAACAGUGGAUUUUAGCUUUAACCUUCAUAUGUUGAUAAGAGAAUAUUUGCUUUCUGCUUAUUUAAGAUUAUGAUGACCCAAGGUUUACCUGUCAGAUGGGCCAGUUUCUUUCUUGGCUAAUUUAUAUGCGUUCUAAUUUUGAUUAAAACCACCGCAGGCAUGUUGCUAUUUCUAGAUACAGUAUGAACUCAGCAACAAGGGGACAAAAGCGUGAAAAUGAUCCAAACCAUCUCUCAAACAGUUUCUCAUAAUAUUACUAAUACACAUUUAGCGACACCAAAACAAACAAUAUGAAAAACUCAUCCUGAAUCAGUUAUUUCAAACCUCUUUGGCAGAAAACCAUACAGUUGAAGUCGGAAGUUAACAUACGCUUAGGUUGGAGUCAUUAAAACUCAUUUUUCAAACACCUCGCGCAUUUCUUGUUAA